GAGGCUGGGAAGAACGCGCGUCGAGAAAGGGAAGAGAGUGGGUGAGACCGUGAGAGAGGGGGAUGGAGAUGGAGGCGUCCGCCGCCGAGGGCGGAGCCGCGGCGGCGGCGCGGACGCUGCGGUGGGCGGGGCGCGCGGGGCACCUCGGGGGAUUCCCGCGCGCCGCGGUGAUCGCCGCCGUCGGGGCGGUCGCCAAGGCGUACGCGUCGCUGCUCAACACCACCACCGUCCACAACGCCGAUGCCCUCCUCCGCCUCGUCUCCUCGCGGCCCCCCGGCACGCCGCUCCUCACCGUCAGCAACCACAUGUCAACGAUGGAUGACCCACUUAUGUGGGGAUUCAAGGGUUUUCCAACUACAGAUGCCAAACUUCAAAGAUGGGUGUUGACAGCAGAGGACAUCUGCUUCAGGAAUGUGUUCAUGUCUUACAUAUUUCGACUUGGGAAAUGUGUGCCGAUCACACGAGGUGCUGGAAUUUAUCAGGAUCAUAUGACUGAAGCCCUUGAAGUGCUUAGCACUGGAGACUGGUUGCAUUCAUUCCCUGAAGGAAAAAUAGCUCAAGAUGAUCAGCCAAUCAGACGUCUGAAGUGGGGAACUGCCAGUCUUAUCGUCCGAGCACCAGUAACUCCAAUUGUUUUGCCUAUUGUGCAUUCUGGCUUUGAAAAGGUCAUGCCAGAGAAAUCAUUUUUUGGGCGUCGACCGCCAGUGCCUCUUUGGAACAAGGAGAUACAUAUCAUCGUUGGAGAGCCAGUGGAGUUUGAUCUGCCAAGCUUGAAGCAGGCAGCAAGAACAGUACCUCAGGAUUCAUCUUUUGAAAGGAAGGGUUGGCCAAGCAUCAUGCCAGACGGACUAGAUGAAGCGGCUCAGAGAUGGCUUUACCAGAAGAUAUCAGAUAAGAUCCAAUCAGUUAUGGAGACAUUGCGGAAGAGACUUCUCGACCUGAAGCAACAUUGAUAUUUGGCUGUUUACUUGCAAUCCAAGGAGGCACCUCCUUUUUUUGAACAAUACCUUCUUGAAAUGGUAGAAUAUAUAGCUUCAUUGAACAGUUUCAGAUGAUGCAAAGACGAUUGAGAGUAGGCAGUGGACGCUACAUCUGUUGAGGUGAAAAUUUGAGACGACGGUGAGAGAUAGAACUCAGCAUGUUAGAUUACGAGGCAUUCUUUUUCAGUAGGUCAAGAAUAUUUGUCAAGCGCCUACUUUUCUUUUUAUUGUUUGGAAUGGUUUGCCAUGUUUACGAGGCAUGAAUAAAGUCAUCGCCUAUUCAACUUGUUAGAUGUUC